AUGCUGUCAACCAUUGAUGAUGAAGUUUCUGAAAGUUUAAAAAAAUUGACAAAUUUUCCCAUUGAUGUUGUGAAAGAAUUCUGCUCAGUCAGUGUGCAAUGCAUCUUCAAAGAAUCCUAUAGCAAACUUUUCAACUCAGCAGCAUCCAAAUUAGGCAUUGAAGCUGAAUGUGUCAAACAAAUCAUGGAAGGCUUGAUGAAGUUCUACAUUGAUGCUGCCAAGCAGCAUAUCUCUGGACAAGGAAUGGAGCUAGUUCUAAGAACUUUAAACCUCAAAGAUUACGAAAGAAUUAUAUCCGAAGAAUAUUUUAAAAGUGAAUCUAGAAUCAAAGAAGUCUUAGGGGGUAGACUUCUACAGCAGAGACAUUAUAGUCAUUGUCAGUGGAGAUUGGAUGUUAAGCUUGCAACUCGCAGCCUCUACCAGCAAAUCGAACCGAAGAUUUUGCUUAAAAUCCAGACGUCAACCAACAACAACAACAACAACAUUAACAACAGCAAUAACGUCGAAACGUUUCUUUUACAAGCAAACCCGACGAACUUGAUGCACAUAACAAAAUGUAAGUCAGAUAGAGAUUUCGUCGGCAUGAUCUGCUCUGCUCUGCUAUGGUUUGGAAUGAGCUAUCACCACAAACAGACAGUUUGUUUCAGAGCAAUCAAUCCAAAUUUAACAUUGGCGCGUAAUUCCUACAUGGGACCGACACCAGAUUUGAGAGAGGGCAGGUCCUGGGGAACUCCACACAAAGGGGUAUCCACAAUGAAGUAA